AUAAGCUCUGUCGCAGAAAGCCUCAGGGAAAAAAAAAAAUUGCUUAAAACGUUUUUCAACAACAGAAGCACUCGAAAAACAAAAAUAAUGUUAUGAUUACAGAAAAGGGUGUAACCGGAGAAAAAGAUAGAGAAGAAGGAAAGAAGACAAGCUUUUAUUGGAAUAGCUUUGGAUUCUUGGCUCACAAGAUAAAAACUAAAGCAACUUUUUUUUUUCUUUUCUUUUUUUUUUUGUACCAUUUUUUUUUUCUCUUGGAUGAAUUGGAGAUGAACGGCGGACUUGAUGUCUUGUGGGCUCAGUUUGGCAAUCAAAAGCUUUUAACUUCAAAAGUCAUUUCCAUUUUUCCCAUACCAUGAUCAGAUUAGUACUGAAUUCAUCUGGGUUUACUCUGAUUUCUGAGUUUUUGGUGAGUUUUCAGCUCAGCUUGCAAAAUCAUUGAAGUGGGACAAAAGGGUAUGAAAACAAAUCAUUGGAUGAGCAAGAGAAGAAUAUUUUCUGGUUUAGCAACAAGGUUGAGAAAAAUGUUGAAGUGCAUUCGUUCAGGGGAGCAAAUGAAAAAGGCAGAAAAUGAAUAUGAUGAUAAUGAAAUGGACCAUUCAUCGGAUUCAUUAGCAACCAGGGACUAUUCUGCAAGUGGGUAUUCUUCUAGACCAGGAGAAGUGGAACAAAAGGUUGAUACUAGCAAUAUUGAAGAGGCUGAGUCUUCACUACGAGAAAGUGGUUAUCUCAACUAUGAGGAAGCAAGAGCUCUACUAGGAAGACUUGAAUACCAAAAGGGUAAUAUAGAAGCUGCUCUUCAUGUCUUUGAAGGAAUAGACAUUGCUGCUGUGACUCCUAAGAUAAGGGUAGCAAUUUCGAGAAGAUGCGAACAAAAUAGACGCCGUUCGCAAAGUGAUGCUGCCCCGCCUAUGUCGAUGCAUGCUGUUAGCUUACUUCUUGAAGCCGUUUUUCUCAAAUCAAAAUCAUUGCAAGGUCUCGCAAGAUAUGAAGAAGCUGCUCAAUCAUGCAAAAUUAUUUUGGACAAUGUCGAGUCCGCUUUACCCGAAGGCUUGCCCGAAAACUUCACUUCAGAUUGUAAGUUACAAGAGACUCUAGCCGUAGCUGUUGAAUUGCUACCAGAGUUGUGGAAACUCGCAGGAUCUCUCCCUGAAGCUAUUUUAUCAUACAGAAGGGCUCUCCUCUACAAAUGGAAUCUCGACAAUGAAACUACUGCGAAGAUUCAAAAGGAAUUUGCGGUUUUCCUUUUGUACAGCGGCUGUGAUGCAAGCCCUCCGAAUCUUCGGUCACAGAUGGAAGGCUCCUUUGUGCCAAGAAACAAUUUGGAAGAGGCCAUUCUGUUGCUCGUGAUUCUACUAAGGAAGCUAGUCCUUGGAAGGAUCGUGUGGGACCCAUCAGUCAUCGAUCACCUGUCUUAUGCAUUGUCUGUUUCGGGGGAACUAAGGUCAUUAGCUCACCAUGUUGAAGAGUUGCUUCCAACAACCAUGGAAAGAAGAGAAAGAUAUUGCAUUCUCGCCCUUUGUUACUAUGCCGAAGGUAAGGACUUGGUUGCUCUGAAUCUUCUGAAAAACAUAUUGAAUGACAGAGAGAACAAAGACUGCACACUUGAAUUACUACUGGCUGCAAAGAUUUGUGGAGAGAAUUCAGUAUGCAUCGAUGAAGGAAUCGGUUUUUCUUGCAAAUCACUUUCCACGUCGGGCAGAAAAUGCAGCCAGAUCGUAGGCAUUUCGAAUUGCUUACACGGUGUUUUACUGUCAGCUAAAUCGCGAUCAGCUACUUCAGAUUCCGAGAGGAUUUUGAAGCAAUCUGAAGCGCUUCAAGCGUUGGAAACUUCUGAGAGAACAAUGAGGGAGAGGAAUCCAUAUGUUGUGUAUCAUCUUUGCCUUGAACAUGCUGAGCAAAGGAAGCUGGAUUGUGCGCUUUAUUAUGCAAAGCAGCUACUAAUGCUAGAGGCAGGGUCUAGCGUAAAAGGCUAUAUUAUUUUGGCGCGAAUAUUGUCGGCUCAAAAACGUUUUGCUGAUGCAGAGACUGUGAUCAAUGCUGCUAUAGAACAAACUGGGAAAUGGGACCAUGGAGAACUUUUGCGAACCAAAGCAAAACUCCAGAUUGCGCAGGAUCAGUUGAAGAAUGCUAUAGAUACUUAUACACAUCUUCUUGCUGUAAUUCAAGUCUGGACCAAAAGCGUAGGCGCUGAGAAGAGGCUUUUGAAGAAUAGGAUAAAACAUGAUAGAAGCUUGGAAAUGGAAACAUGGCAUGAUUUGGCAAAAUUGUAUACAAGCUUGUUGCAGUGGCGGGAUGCUGAGAUCUGUCUUUCGAAAUCACAGGCCAUCAAUCCUCAUUCUGCAUCUAGAUGGUACUGUGCAGGCUUGCUGAACGAAGCAAAGGGUCUUCACCAAGAAGCGUUGAAAGCAUUUAGGAAGGCAUUAGAUGUUGACCCCACACAUGUACCAAGCUUGAUAUCUACUGCCCGCAUCCUCAGACAGCUUGGUAGCGAGUCGUUGCCGGUAGUGAGAAGCUUUCUCAUGGACGCCCUUCGAAUCGACAGAACGAACCCUUCUGCCUGGUACAAUCUUGGGCUGCUAUACAAAGCUGAUCUUGCAGUAUCGGCACUGGAGGCUGCUGAAUGCUUCGAGGCUGCAGCAAUUCUUGAAGAAUCUGCACCAAUUGAACCCUUCAGAUGACUGAUGACCAACUGUAGUUCGGGUCUGUCAACCAUGUAUGAUGGUAAAUUAUAAAUGUGUUUCUGUGAAUACCCUUUUGACAUUGACGUUUUCUGUAGUAGAAGAAAGGCAGGAGGAAAUUAGA